GGCUGUCUACGACGCAUCUCAAUCCAGACCAAGGAGGUGCUUUGGGCAGAGCUAGACCCGGCCAGCCGCAGUGCAGAACUUAUUAACGGGAGCUGCCUGAUCACAGACCGAUGCAGUCCGAACCCUUGCAAGCACGAAGCACCGUGCAAUCAGAAUGGAGCUACCUUCUUCUGCGAUUGCAGCAACACCGGUUACUCGGGUGCAGUUUGCCACCAGAGUGAGUAUUUCACCUCCUGCUCUGAGCUCAGUCUCUUCUAUGGUGACUUGGCGCCUCAAAUGAGUGCUACGAUUGACCUCGACGGUUCGGGCGUACUUAGUCCAAUCACUGUGCUGUGUGACUUUACAAACCCAGCAAUGACCGAAACCCAGGUCACGCAUACUGAUAUGGGCUUCAUGACUGUGGAUGGAUUUGUCGCGCCUGGCUCUUACCGCCGCGUGCUAGAUUACGGCAAGGCUUCUCGUGAAGCGCUCGCUGAACUCGUCAGGCGGGCCUUCCAAUGCGAACAAUCAGUGGCCUACCGAUGUUGGAAUGCCAAGCUUUUAGCUAAACCACAAGGUAAGACUACUUAA